AGUAAUCUAAUUCCUAGUUGCGUGCUAGUUCCUUAAUCCGGAUCCCCCCAACCGAUGAUGUCCAUGUCGUUUUCUUCCAUCAAAACGUGGACCACAGAACGACCAACCUCUCUGUUUAGGCAGACGCCAUUCGCACGGGGAAAGGAGGAGACUUGCUGCAUAAACCCCCUCCGGAAAAAAAAAAAAGCCAAGUUUAUGCAAAGCUGUGAUUUCUAAAUGCAGCCUUAGUCAUAGACUCAUAGCGCCCACAGCUCGGGAAAAGUGAAAAAGAAGAUUUUUUUUUUUUUUUUUUUUUUUUUUUUUUUUUGUGGGGGUGGGAAGGAAUUGCUGAUCCCGUAAUCUAGUGCUCUCAAAAAGAUUAUUUUAUUGAUUAUUGAGGUGGAGUGUCGUGAAUUGGAAGCGUGAGAUCAGAUAGUUUUUGCUUUUCUUUUGCAUAAGACAAGAUUUAAGGAGUGGGAGACGUGGUAAACAGCCGGCCGUGACGACUUGGCUGAGCGUAAAACCAAGAGGAAAGUGCGAUCGAAAAUCGAUGCAGUAACUGCAAAAAGAGAGAGGCGGAGGGAGGGGCGGCUGACACGACCCUUUCAGUGUCGGACAAGCGUCGUCUUCGCCUUCGUCUCCGAUUCCGAGUUCGGGAAGUUACCAUCUCGAUCUUCAUCAAAUCGGUUUCUUUUCUCCCUCCGACUUCAUCCUCCACGUCUUCGCUUGCAAUCAUACACAGAUCUCCAGCUCCCCACCUGUCCACCCCAGAUCUAAUCCACCUCUCUCUUACCCAUCUCGACAGUUGAUCUGAGGGAUCUUGCCAAGUGACGGGUGUGGCCUGAGUUUUAUCGUCUGGAGUGUUUGAUUGUGUUCCUGGUACAUAUGCAUCUUUGCUCUUGCUUUAUCGGAUGGAUGUCGCUUUCCUGUUUUUCUCUUAAGUUUUUGUUAGCUUCAGCGAACUUUUCAUAUGUUCAAUGGAAUGUGGAAUAAAUUGAGAGAGUAUGGCAGCUGCAGAAGCAAGGGCUGUAUGGCAGAGAACAGCUAACCGUUACUUUGUACAAGAAGAUGCCAAAAGAGCUCCUAAGUUAGCAUGCUGCCAAUCAUCAUCUUCAACGUCCAAACAAGUGGAUGCAGGACCUGCUGGUUCUACUGAAGAGGGAGAUCGUUUUGGCUUAGGUUUCAUGCCUUUUAACAGGAAACCUUCAUUUACCAAUUUGCCUCCAGAGGCAAGGUGGUGGCUUCAGCAACAACCUAGCUCUAGGUUCCCAAGGGGUCUAGCAUGCGAAGGGUUAAAUGCAUUGGAUGCUGAGGUCGAUCUCCUGAAUGCUAGCACGGAAGAUUUAAAAUCUAUAUGUGGUGAGAUGCAGAAAGAGGGAGCUUAUAUGCAUGUUGAGAACGAAAAGAAAGACAAACUCGAGAAUCUCCACGAUGCUGGAGGUUCAAACCCAGUGAUAAUGGGCCUGUGUAGUAAGGAUGCAAAAGAAGUUGAGAACAUGGAUAUGAUGGAAAGCUUUGAGCUCAUAGAGAUGAAUCAUGCUGCAAUGUCAGCUUCCAAGCAGACUAGUGAGCUCAGUUUUGAUUUGGAUUCUGCAUGGACCAGAAAUGGCAAGCCAGAACCAUGGUGGCGCAUAUCAGAUAAGAACGAAUUAGCCUCCUUUGUUGCUAAGAAGUCACUUGACCAUGUCGAGAAUUGUGACCUUCCCCCACCUCAGAAUAUGCAUGCCAGGAAACACCCUUAUUCGUAUAUUGGUUGCUUAGACUACGAUGAAGUAUUUGAGACAUCCUCGGAUUGGAAGGUCGAUCCGCUUGGUACUUUGGGUGAAACCAUCCAGGCAAGAAGUAGUCCUGAAUAUGACCAAAUGUUAAGAAGGCAGUGGGCUCCAGAUGAAGAUGGUCAUUUCCCUCGUGGCUUUGACAAUUCAUCCAGCGAAAACAGUUAUGACUCAGCUCGCAAGGGUAAAACUGAAACAUGGGAAGCUACCGACUGCGAUCCUGCUAAGUCUCAGCUACUGGAAGCACUGUGCUAUUCUCAAACACGUGCAAGGGAAGCAGAGAAAGCAGCAGAACAAGCACGUGCAGAGAAGGAGCACAUUGUAAAGCUAUUCUUUAGACAAGCCUCUCAGCUUUUUGCCUACAAGCAGUGGUUCCAAUUGCUUCAGCUAGAAACCACCCUCUUACAGAUGGACACUGAUGGGCCAAUUUUCCCGGUGUUCCUUCCUCUGGGACCUAGCAAAGGUAGAAAAAUGCGGAAGAGCUGUGAUAAGGCUUCCAAAGCGAGACAGGGAAGACGGAAGCGUCAGAAGCAUGAUGUGACCAAGUAUGCUGUGGUCUUUGCCGUGGGGUUGGGCCUUGUUGGGGCUGGAUUGCUUCUUGGGUGGACGGUUGGGUGGAUGAUACCUCUUUUCUAGCCUGCUGCUGUAUCAUAUGCUUCCCGCGUGGAUUGCCAUGCAGGAGAGUGGCGUUCGUGUGUAUCUAUUUCUAACGUUGCCGUAACUUCUUAAGGUCUUUGGAGCCUUGUAUAUAAUGCCUUGUCCGAAGAUAAUUUGCAUACUGAGGUGUAUAUUUGUAUAUAAGAAGUGCUUCAUGUCAGGUGGAGAUCUUUGUAUCAGCAAAUAGUUCAUUUGGAGAUUGCUGUCAUACUGUCGUUUCGAACAUUUUGCUCAAUUAAAGCCGCUUUUAAAUAGCAAGUCGGGUGCAUUCAA